AUGUCUUCAUUAAGAAUCAUCACCUUUGUCGCUUUCAUCUUCACCAUCGGACUUCCAUCGAUCCUUACUGCACCCAGUUCUUCUCGUAUUUCGUCCUCCUCUCACGACGCCGAAAUCGUCAAGCGGGUUGUACAGGCACACCAUGGCUCCAGCGGCACUCCACAAACCACAGUCGGUCGCAAACACCUCAGUCGUCGGAGUCCAUUCCACCCGGAUGUUUUAAUGGCUCGUAGCAAUACCGGCCCAUUAGCCACAGUUACUCAACUGAUGAAUGCGGCAUCAGCAGUAGACGGAGAUAAGAAUUCGAUUCAUAAUUCUUUAACUUCUUUACAAUCAAACAAACAAAACGCACAAUCAAAUGAAUUUCAAAAAGAAAUUUCUGAAAAAUUAAAACAAUGGCAAAAACACGCUAAUAGUAUUCCAACUUUACAUAACAUACAUAAUUCAUUAAGUUAUUUUGGUAGAGAUAAAGGAAUGGCUAAUUUAGAUAAAAGUAAUGAAAUGGAAGUUACUUUAAAGAAUACGAUUAAUUCGAUGAAAAAUUCCAUGUCUGAUGUGAAUUUGAUGGUUUAUCAAGUUCCUGCUUUAGGUCCAACACUAGGACCUAUAGUUUACCAGAUCAAAUGUAUCUUGGAUGAUAUUUUGAAUGGAAGUGAGAAUACUGCAGAUUCACUAAUCACCAAACUAGGGCUAGGGAAAAACCUCGAUCUUUGUUCUUUAAUGAGUAACAUGUCAGAGUUUUGUUAG